AUGGUGGUAGACAAAAGCAGUGAAGCUUCUCCCUUGUGUUGUGCUCUUCCGAUGCACAAUCCAAAAUAUUCAAGUUAUGUCACUGAAGAUGAUUCAAACGACCUUAAUCAUACUACAAAACACAAAAGAACCAAUGCAUUGCUCACCAAUUCUGCUUCAGCUCACGAUAUGAGAUGUGUAGAGGUAGAGAAAGAGAAGCAAGAUACUAACUCACCAAGAGGAGCCCUAGAAGCUUGCUUAACCCGAUGUUCCAUCUCUUCCACCUCCUCUUCCAUAGACGAUCCUCCUCAAAACAAAGACGCUACAGAAAACGCAGACGCGGAAGCAGUUAGCAAGAACCACAGAGCAUAUUCUAAUUGGGGAAAGUUCUUCAAACUUUGGAAACGCAAAUCAAUGAAACGCCUCUCUUCCUUCCCUUCAUUAGGCGGCGUCCCAGCGAUCUCUAAACGCAACAAAAACGCAGAUCAACACAUAGACGUCCUAAACGUUCACGAUAUCUACGAUUUCCAAUCAACUCUACACAACUUCUCAAUCUCUGACCUAGAAAUCGCAACAGACCAUUUCAGCUCUGAAAACAUAAUCGGGAGAGGCGGUUACGCAGAGGUUUACCAAGGGAUACUACCAGAAGGGAAACUAAUCGCUGUGAAACGUCUCACCAAAGGCACACCAGACGAGCAGACAGCUGAGUUUUUGUCCGAACUAGGGAUUAUAGCUCAUGUUGAUCAUCCAAACACAGCCAAGUUCAUCGGUUGUUGCACUGAGGGUGGAAUGUUUCUUGUUUUCAGACUAUCUCCUCUUGGAAGCCUAGGCUCUCUCCUUCAUGGACCUUCGAAAAAUAAGCUGACUUGGGACAGACGUUACAAGGUGGCGUUAGGAACAGCAGAUGGACUGAUGUAUCUACACGAGGGUUGUCAAAGACGUAUCAUUCAUCGAGACAUUAAAGCUGAUAACAUUCUCCUCACUGAGGAUUUUCAACCGCAGAUUUGCGAUUUCGGAUUAGCCAAAUGGCUUCCUAAGCAAUUGACGCACCAUAAUGUAUCCAAAUUUGAAGGAACAUUCGGGUACUUUGCGCCAGAAUAUUUCAUGCACGGAAUAGUCGAUGAGAAGACCGAUGUUUUCGCCUUUGGAGUUCUUCUCUUGGAGCUCAUAACCGGCCAUCCUGCCCUUGACGAGUCUCAGCAGAGCCUUGUCUUAUGGGCCAAACCGUUACUAGAAAAGAAAGAGAUAACGAAAUUGGUGGAUCCGUCUCUUGGAGAUGAGUAUAACCUAGAAGAGCUUAGCCGGUUAACUUCCACGGCCUCUUUAUGCAUCGAUCAGUCUUCUCUUCUACGACCUCGAAUGAGCCAGGUUGUGGAAUUAUUAUUAGGCCAAGAAGGUGUGGAUAUGACUCUAAGAGAAGACAAGGGAAAGAUGAUGCAACGAACGUAUUCUGAAGAAUUAUUAGAUAGUAUAGAGUAUAACUCAACUAAGUACUUGAGAGAUCUUGAUCACAUUCGAGAUGUUGCUUUAGCUUCUUGA